AUGGCUGUAGUGGUGGUCAACGAGCAAGGCUUCCGGGAAAUAGCUCAGGGAGACCCAUUUCAGUAUGGCCAUCUCGACUUGGAGAACGAAGAGCUUCGUUUUCUUGUCCUACAGCCACGUCCAGACGGUGCCGGACUGGACGGACUGGUUAGCUGCACCAUGGAGACCCAACCACUGGGUAGUGCCGAUCCCUUCAUCGCCGUCCGGAAUGCUCGCGGAUACCGUUUGCUCCAAGAACUGAUCCUUGUCGAUGGGAAGUGCCUCAUGGUCUCGGUGGCGUUGGAGAGAUUUCUGCGACACUUUAGUCCACCCGGUGACAAGGCUGUGAGACUCUGGAUCCGCUACAUUUGUGUCGACCAGGAGAACCCAAACGAGAUGGAUCGUUACUGGACCCGCCAAUUCCAGGAUAAGAUGUACGAGAUGGCCGAAUCGGUGGUCGACAUGCAACGCUUUCUGCGAGACCUGAUGGACCGACAAGUGUUUGAAAGGGUGAUUGACUCUCGAUACAGUAAGUGGACCAAAAAUUGGCACGAGAUGCCAGAGAAAUGGCCUCUGCCACAGGUCUUUCCAAUCAGACUCGGAACCAAACCCUCUGCUGAGCAACCAACCCAAACGUAUCAGUAUGUGCCUCUGGACACCGUGGCCGACGAGACCCGCAUCAUUGUGAUUGCGCCCAAUGAGGACAAACAGGCGCCAUUGUCGCUCUAUCUCGCGCAUUGUCCACUUGCCUCCGACGUACGCUACCACGCGUUAUCCUAUGCGUGGGGGGACUCGGAAGACAACGUCGAGGUCACCGUGAUGGGCCAACUGAUGCACAUUCGAAAGAAUCUGGAUCGCGCCCUCCGAAGCCUUUUGGGGUCUUCGUCGGUCGGCUGCGCCGUGUGGGCAGAUGCCAUAUGCAUCAAUCAGUCCGACACGAGCGAGAAGAACCACCAGAUCCCUCGCAUCGCCGACGUCUACGACAGUGCCGCCUGUGUGGUUUGUGACGUCGGCGAGGCAGACCAGUAUAGCGACCUUGCCCAGAACUUUGUCGAGCAUCUCCAAGACCCCGUCAUCCGCAUGGACGACGACUACGAAUUCAUCGUCGGCAAGCCAGAUCGGAUCGACCCCGGCGAGAUCCCCCGACUCUGUGCUGCCUUGUACCUGUUCUUGACACGGCCUUAUUUCCGGAGAGUAUGGAUCCUUCAAGAGGUGGCUUUGGCCUCGUUUCCAGUCAUUCUCUGUGGGGUACGAAGCACCACCGCCUUUGAAGCCCUCGAUACGGCAGCGGGCAAUCUGUGCGAUAUGUUAGCACGAGACCCAGACCUUGCUGAGAAAAUGAAAGAGUCUACUCCCGAUCUGCGCAGCGUUGAUCCAACCCAGCUCCUCUUCAUACGCAAGCUGCUAUACUUUCGUCACCUCCACAUGGGCGGGAUCCGCCCGGACUUUAUUAGAAGCGAUGUCAGAGACACCGCGCCUGGAUACCUCGAGGCGGCAAUCCUUGCCCGAGAUUUCGAAGCUUCAAUCCCACACGACAAGCUGUUUGCGCUGUGGAAUGUUGCACGCGACAAGGUUGGCUUGGACUUUACCGCAGACUACUCACGCCCCUACGAGGAGACGUACAUGGACUUUACCAAAGCUUGGUGUGCCCGCAGCGGGACUCUCGAUAUGAUCGCCGCGUCCGAGUUUGCGCAGCCUGUCGAUGGUCAGGGGGUUUUUUAUUCGAAGGCAUCUUCGUGGUGUCCGGACUGGAGCACCCCGUCCCUCUCGAGUUCCCUCGUCCGUCGUGAGAGGUUUCGGUCGCAGCGGAUGUCCAUGCAGGAUGACAUCAACGGCAGAGUCUACUGUGCCGACGGCGGUGUGCUUCAGCAGCCGGACGAAAAUAAGUAUUUUGAAUUUGAGGGGAACACGCUACAUUGUAUGGGCGUCAUUCUUGACAAGGUGGACGGCAUUGUGGCCAGCAGAAGCGCGCAUCUUCCCUUGGAAGCGGUCGUCCCGGGGUUGAUGGGGUUCUGCAAAGACUUCUUCGCCCAGCACAAUCUCACCACCUACGACGACGUGGCGCAAGCUAUGGUAGCAAUGGUGCACGGGGACUGCAUAGGUUCCUGGCCAAAAGAAGAGGACGGGAGUUCCAAGAUAUCUCACGACGAGGACAUUUGGACGGCGCCGUACGCUUGCAUCCCGUUUCUUCCCAGGCGGGCGCGCGACCAGAACCCCCAUCGAUCUCGACACGUCCCCUGGUACGGCGGGGGCUACUCGUCGCUGGAGGCGUGGGACGCGGUGCGCACCAUCAUGCGCGGACGGCAGCUCUUCGUCUCAGACCAGGGGUAUCUGGGCCUGAUACCGGACUACGUCGGCGCACUGGGGGAGGACCGCAACUCCUUCGGCCAGGGCGGGCCGCUGCACCUCGCGAUCCUGGCGACGUGUUCCGUCCCAGUACUACUGGUCGACCACCCGGAGAUUGAGGGUGCGUACCGGUUCCUGGGGACGUGUUUUGUGCAAGGGUGGAUGGAGGGGGAGGUCCUGAAGGGGAGAAACGGAUGCAAAGAGCCGGCGGAGUUUUGGGAUGCGAUGGUAGGCAGCGAGAAACUCCGGAUUGUAUGA